GGUAUGGUGAUGAGGGGGACAGUGAGAUGGAGCAGAGCAGCAGCAGCUCCAGUGUUUUCCCUGCUCACUGACUGAAGAAACGCAGCGUGGUGUCUCAGCCCGUGAGCCCUGCAUGCGAGCACACACUUGGCACGGCUAUUGGGGAAAACGAUGCACCAACACCACCGCCGCUUCGCACUGUCGCCGCUGCUAGCCAGGUGCUGGACCAAAGAGCAAGGACGCCGUUAACGUGACUGAAUCUAAACUUGUAUGUAUGUGUGGUGCGCCGCUCCUGCUGGUCCCGCACGCAGACGAACGAGAAGAUGCUGAGCCGACUGAUGAGUGGCAGCAUCAGGAGUCUAGACAGAGAAUGCAACUGUACUGUGAGAUUGCUGGACGAUUCGGAGUACACCUGCACGAUUCAGCGAGAUGCCAAGGGACAGUACCUGUUUGACCUCAUUUGCCACCACCUCAACCUACUGGAGAAGGACUACUUUGGCAUUAGAUAUGUUGACCCAGAUAAGCAGAGGCAUUGGUUGGAGUUUACAAAGUCAAUUGCCAAACAAAUGAAAUCCCAGCCUCCGUUCACCAUGUGUUUGCGUGUCAAGUUUUACCCUCCUGACCCUGCUGCCCUGAAAGAGGAAAUCACCAGAUACCUAGUCUUCCUGCAGAUCAAGAGGGAUCUGUACCAUGGCCGCCUCCUGUGCAAGACAUCAGAUGCUGCUCUGUUGGCAGCCUACAUACUGCAAGCUGAAAUCGGUGACUACGACCCCGGGAAACACCCAGAGGGCUACAGCUCCAAGUUCCAGUUCUUCCCCAAGCACUCGGAGCGGCUGGAGCGGCGGAUCGCUGAGAUCCACAAGACUGAGCUGAUAGGUCAGAGCCCUGAAACGUCAGAGCUCAACUUCCUUCAGAAGGCUCAGAUGCUGGAGACGUAUGGAGUCGACCCUCAUCCAUGCAAAGAUGUCUCUGGCAACCCAGCUUUUCUGGCUUUUACGCCCUUUGGAUUCACUGUGCUCCAAGGAAAUAGGAGGGUUCACUUCCUCAAAUGGGAGGAGGUGACCAAACUCAAGUUUGAAGCAAAGACAUUCCAUAUAUAUGCAAAUCAGAAGGAGGAUAAGAAGAUCAUACUGACGUAUUUUGCACCGACACCAGAGGCCUGUAAGCACCUAUGGAAGUGUGGAGUUGAGAAUCAGGCCUUCUACAAGUUGGAGAAGUCGAGUCAGGUUCGCACUGUGUCCAGCAGUAAUCUCUUCUUCAAAGGGAGUCGCUUUAGAUACAGUGGAAGGGUUGCAAAAGAGGUAAUGGAACAAAGUGCCAAAAUUAAGCGAGACCCCCCUGAGAUUCACAGGGCUGGCCUGGUUCCCAGUAGGAGCUGUCCAUCCAUCACUCACGGCCCUCGCUUGACCAGUGUGCCCAGGACCCGGCGGAGAGCUGUACACAUCUCCAUCAUGGAGGGUCUGGAGUCCCUUCGAGACAGCGCCCACUCCACACCCGUGCGCUCCGUCUCCCACGGCGACUCCUUCAUGCCUCGUUCACGGGGACAGAUGGUGGACGGCAGCGAGGCUGGCGCGUCGGGAAUCAUCUCUGACGAGGCCUACAGCCCCUCAGACAGCGUGCUACCUACGCCAGUGGCCGAACAUGGCAUGGAGCUGGCCGUGGCGCGUCAUCUGAACGGCGCUCCCUGCAGCAUAGAAGAGGAGAAGGAGUCGGCGGCCAGGGCGUCGAUGGAGGGCCAGGCAGCGGAGUUUGGGCCUGGCGGGAGGGCGCGGCGGACAGGCCGGAGCAGGUCGGCACCUCCGAGCGACGCGGAGGACCUGAAUAAGUUCGUCCUGAGCGUCUUACGCCUGUUCCUGGUCACCAUAGGACUCCUGUUCGCCCUGCUGCUGCUCCUCAUCAUGCUGACCGAGUCAGAGCUGGACAUUGCCUUCCUGAGGGACAUCCGCAAGACGCCUGAAUUCCAGCAGUUCCACUUUGAGUACUUCUGCCCAUUGCGGCGCUGGUUCGCCUGUAAGUUGCGCUGGAUGGGAGGCUUCCUUAUCAGCAAGUGAGACAAAGCGAAAGGUAGAGACUAAAUGAAAAACAGGACUCCACUGAGGGAGAAGAGACACUCACAACACAUGAAGGCGGGUGGAGGGAGAGCAACAGACAGUAGACCUAUCCAAACAUUAACCCUGCUUCUCCCAGGACACAGUUCCUGUCACAAGCCACGGACUGUCCCCAGAAGAGCCUUGUCAUUUUUUUUUGUUUGUUUGUUUGUUUGUUUGUUUGUUUUGACUAUUACUGCGAGGAAAUGAAUCAACACACAUAUUACUUUGCAAAAUCAGGUCAUCUCAAGGUACUUUAUUUUUACACAAAGUCACAGCAACAGGGUUUGUCUCUCACAGUCUGUCGCAGACAUGAGGAGAGAACACACUGUUCAACCACAGAUAACAGUUGCCUUUAAUUUUUUAUUAAUUUCUAUGUUGUAACAUUAAUGUAAGACAAAGAGGGAUCAGAGAUGUCGGUGUGUGUUGUUUGACUUGACUGUAAAAGAGGGGCAGAGAAAAGUGUGGAGAGAAAGCGCAAAAGGGGGCCAGUCUAACUCAUGUCAUUCUCUUAUUUCAACACCAACAGACCAUCCAUGAUAAUAAAAUAUUUCACCAUGGCUGCUGCUAUGAGAUUAAAACUGCUCUCUUCAGUUGCACCAGUAUGUGGAGGUUGGAGAAAGUGUGAAAUGGAAAAUUGAAGUGGCACUUCUUGAAUGUAAACCAAAUCCUAGUCAAAUACUAUUUGUGAAUAUUUAUUGUGGUUUGUUUUAUUGUACCGAAGCAGAUGAGUGGACUUUGCCGCACGGAACAACAUGAAUGGCAGAAAGUUCAGACAAUCACAAGAAAGAAUGUGAAAAUAAAUUAUAGUACCUUUUUUCAGUGAUCGAUCACUUAUCCAACACUGCUUGAAUUGUCCCGAUUUGGUAAAUGCCACUCAUCUGGCACUUCACAUGAGUUAAAAACUAAGGCUAAUGAUUAAUUGCAACUACUAUUUGACCCAGGUGUGAUGCAGAUGCUGUCCUGUAAGAAGGCUUGAAAGACUAUUUUUGUAAUUAAUGACUGUGACUUGGUGUAUGGUCACAUAUUAGACAUACAUCAACCGUGUGCUCACGUUAUUAUUUUUGUCCAGACAUUAGAGCAACAUUAAAGUUUGUCUUGUAAAGUCCAUCGACUAUCAACUAGAUCCUUGUAAGGAUUCAUGUAAGGGAAGUGUUUUUAUCGGUGGAUUUCACAAAAUUGCAGCCAAACAGUACUAAUAACUACGAUGAACUUCUGCGUCUAAAGAACAAGUGUCAGUUUGGCGUAGGUAUUUUUUACAGUGUUACAAACCUAGAUGUAAAGGUGACGGAGCUGUGUGAGCUAGUCAUGUAGAGAUAGAGCAAUGUUGGUGAGCACUUCAAUUCCCACACUUUAGACUGUAGAAGGAGUUAAACUCUAUGUGCAAUACUGUUAAUAUAAAAUCCAAGAUCCUUUCCGUAAUGGGGAAUUUGACAUUGUUUUACCUUUGUAAAGUGCACUCUAACAUUAAAAAAAAUUGGUGAUUUUUUCCCAUAGUAUACGGUUAAGAAAGCUAAUGUAUUUGUUUUUGCAUCAAGACCCCGCUGAGUGUAGGUCCUCUCACUUUGUUCAACCCUGGUGUGUUGAGAAUAUUUUACCUAGUUAACCUGUGAAGGCUGAAGAUAUUGAAAAUGUUUCCAUUUUG